UUGUUGCUUUUCUUUGAACAUCAUCAGUUGCUUUGUCUCUGCCGUCAUUUAUCGCGAUUGCUGUUGCAACACUCCAAUUCGAAAGGGGAAAAAAUCAAAAUGUUUGUGCUGUGAAAAUAUUUGCAAAAAAUAUUCCCAAAUUAUGAUAAUCAAUUAAAUUGCGCGAAUGUGAAGAGUGUCGCAUGCAAUAAGACUACGUGGACCCAACCGAGCACUUGCCAAGAAAAGCAAUCGCAAAACCCCGUGGUUGUCAAAUUUUUUAUCUAAAUACAAUUUAUGCGGACGUCUGCAGAGCAAAGUAGCUCGGGUGAAGGAAAACUAUUACAUAUUAUACCACAAAAAAAGUGAAAAAUCGCAAAAUCAUUUAUCAGAAAAUUCACUAUAAUAUUAAGUGAUGUACAAAACUUAGUGAUUUAAUUGGCACGUGAGCGAUUAAGUGAAAUAAUUUACAUGUACAAGCUUUUCAUAUAGUCACAAAUUAAUAAGUGAAAAUUUCGACCGAAUUGGGCUCUAUAAAAUUGUUCCAUAAAAUAAGAAAGCGCAUGAAGGCUUAUUUCGUAUUGUGAACGGCGAGUCGUGAUUAUUUGGGAGUUUGUUGAUUGCUUUACGCAAGCCACCAAACAAAUCGAGUCAUCACUAUAAUUUGGCUGCAUCGACAGACCAAUAACAACAAGAGCGGAAAACGUCAUUAAACGUCUUGUGCCCUCAUCAUCGUCCUAGACUUUUUUGUUUUAUUCAUUUCUUUGUUUUGGCACUGUACUGUGGUGUAGAACGGCUAGAUAUAACCGAGUACCUAUUGGAAAUUGGUAACCGAUUUUUUUAUGACUGGCGCUCUUAAAGCAUCUCAAUCGCUACGGAGAUUCUAUGGGUUCAUUAGCACAUCGAGCGCUCCUACAAUAUGUGGACUCUAAUGACCUAUCCGGUUUGCGCGCUAUCUUAGAUAGUCGACAUUUAUCUGUCGAUGAUCGUGAUGAGAAUGGCACCACUGGACUUAUGGUUGUUGCUGGACGUGGCUUAACUGUUUUUGUGCGCGAAUUUUUGGCUCGCGGCGCAGAUGUUCAAGCGGAGGACAAUGACAAUUGGACGGCACUGCUGUGCGCUGCCAAAAACGGUCAUUUCGAUAUCGUUCAGCUACUCAUCGAUCAUGGCGCCGAUAUUGAGCAUCGUGAUAUGGGCGGUUGGACGGCAUUGAUGUGGGCUGCUUACCGUGGGCACACGGAUCUGGUGCGUUUCCUACUGGAGAAAGGUGCUGAUGUGAAUGUACAUGGCAAUUAUCAUUUAGGGCCACUGCUCUGGGCAGCCGGUCGUGGUUUUAGGGAUAUUGUGGAACUCCUGGUGCAACGUGGUGCUAAGGUUAAUGUCGGUGAUAAGUAUGGCACAACAGCGCUUGUGUGGGCAUGCCGCAAAGGUAAUGCCGAGAUUGUCGAUACGCUGCUGAAGGCCGGUGCUAAUGUUGACACGGCGGGCAUGUAUUCGUGGACGCCGCUGCUGGUGGCCACCUCAGGCGGACAUACGGACUGUGUCUCCUCGCUGCUGGAAAAGAAACCAAAUGUUAAUGCAUUGGAUAAGGACGGCAUGACGGCGUUGGCGAUUGCGAGUCGUGAGGGCUUCCAGGAAAUUUGUGCGUCUCUAAUCGCAGCUGGUGCAUACAUCAACAUUCAAGACCGCGCCGGCGACACACCGCUUAUACAUGCCGUCAAAGGUGGACAUCGUGGCGUCGUUGAAGCUCUGCUUAAAAAACACGCUGAUGUCGAUAUCCAAGGCAAGGAUCGAAAAACUGCUAUAUACACUGCGGUGGAAAAAGGCCACACACACAUUGUCAAAAUCCUCCUAUCCACCAAUCCCGAUCUCGAGGCGCCGACUAAAGACGGCGACACGGCUUUGCUACGUGCCGUCCGUAACCGCAAUUUGGAAAUCGUGCAAAUGCUGCUCGAUCGCAAAGCGAAAGUCACAGCCAGCGAUAAGCGUGGCGACACCUGCUUACAUAUUGCCAUGCGCGCACGGUCCAAGGCGAUUGUGGAGGCCUUACUGCGUAACCCGAAGAACAGUCAGCUAUUGUACAGAGCAAAUAAGGCUGGUGAGACACCAUACAAUAUUGAUACCAUACAUCAGAAGACCAUACUGGGACAAGUGUUUGGUGCUCGUCGUCUCAACACAAACGAAGACUCGGAAGGCAUGCUCGGCUAUGAACUGUAUUCAUCCGCUUUGGCCGAUGUACUGAGCGAGCCCACACUAACGACGCCCAUCACGGUUGGUCUGUAUGCCAAGUGGGGUAGUGGUAAGAGUUUUCUACUCAAUAAACUCCGCGAUGAGAUGAACAACUUCGCACGCCAAUGGGCGGAACCACCCAUCAAUACUAACGGUUUGCUGUUUCUCGUUAACCUGCACAUAGCGCUCUUACUUGGCACUAUCGUCGGAUUGUCCGCGUGGUCUGCCAUGUGGGGCGGUAUAACAGCGUUGCUCUACCUUGUGCUUACCUACCUCCUGCUCGCCAGUAUUAAGUAUGCCAACAACCACAUGGACGUGUACUGGGCAUAUUCGGUGCAACAUGGUAUUUCGAAACGCAUCGGACGACUGCGUCUGAUUCUACAAGUGGCAUUCUGUCAUCCGCCAGGCGCACAAGCAGACGCUCAAGCUAAACCGGUGCGUUUCCAUUUUGCAGAGGCGAGCAGCGCCUCACCCACCGGCGAAAGCUCUGUAACACAUAUGUUGGCAGCGCUGUUUGAGGCCAUCGAAAGCCACUAUGGUUGGUUAUCGACACGUCUGUAUCGCGCGUUUCGUCCCAAAGCGGUGAAGGCGACAUCCGGCUGGCGGUGGCGUCGCAUGUGCUGUUUGCCAAUUGUGAUCGUUUUCGAACUAUGUUUAUUAACGCUCGUGACGGGUAUUUCACUUGUGGUGGCUUACUUCACGUACGCUUCAGAUGAGGAGAGAGAGGGGAUACUCGUAACAAUUUAUGUGAUUUGCGCGAUUUUGGUGACAAUUAUCUGUACGAAUUUGCAUGUGCUGGCCAAGGCGUUCGGUUCGCUGUUUAUUUCUCAAGGUCGGCAUUUGCGAAAGUCGGUGCGCCAUAACGAGGGUGCGCCGCUGACCGCUUUGGGUGCUGAGGUGGCACUGAUGACCGAUAUGGUCAAGUGCCUCGAUGCCUUCACUAAUCAACAAAGUCGUCUUGUGGGCGUGGUUGACGCGCUGGACUCUUGUGAUACGGAGCGCAUCCUGUGCGUACUCAACGCCGUACAAACUCUACUCUCCUCGCCGAAUCGACCAUUCGUUCUACUCAUCGCUGUCGAUCCUCAUGUCAUUGCCAAGGCAGCCGAGGCCAACAGUAGGCGUCUCUUCACCGAGGGUGGCAUCGGCGGACACGACUUUCUGCGCAAUCUGGUGCACUUGCCGGUGUAUUUGCAGAACUCAGGUCUGCGCAAAGUGCAACGUGCUCAAAUGACUGCUAUGCUCUUCAAACGCAACUACAGCGAAUUUCCCAACGAAGAUGGACCGACUCUCGGUCAUUCUGUGUCUGCACGUCGAUUAUCGAAUGCAUCGGAGAUCAUGUCCAGUCAAGAAAAGUUGCGUACCUCGCACAACCCGGGACGUAGUGGCGGCAAGAAGUUGCGUCUGUCGGAGUCCGUGGCUAGUUCAAUUGGUUCGAAUUUGCAUCGGUUGGGCCAAAAUCCGCAGGGUGUACUCGAUCUGUCGCGCAUCAUGCUAACCGAUGACUACUUCAGCGAUGUGAAUCCGCGCAGCAUGCGUCGACUGAUGAACGUCAUCUACAUAACAGUGCGUCUCUUGAAAGCAUUCCAAAUAGACUUUAGUUGGUAUCGUUUAAGUUCAUGGAUAAAUUUAACCGAGCAGUGGCCAUUACGCGCCAGCAUGAUCGUAUUGCACCACGACAACUAUAUGGAUCAGUACGACGACAAUUUGUCACUUCAGGCGGUCUAUGAAAAAGUUCGUCCGAAAAUCGCCUGUCUGCGCGAAGCUGCGCCAUUACUUGAGCUCGAUCGUGAUGAACGCAAAUUGGAUGCCUUCUUGCAGUUACAUAAAUCGGAUUUGCUGGUGGCGGACUUGCGUAUAUUCCUGCCGUUCACUAUCAAUCUGGAUCCGUACUUGAGAAAAGUGCUGAAAGAGGACCAGCAAUCGAUCGAAGAUGAAGGCACUCUAGUGCUGCAAAACAAGCCGAGUGUUAAUCCUGUCGUACGCAUACCCCCGCCGACACCGACGUAUGUGCCUUCACCCGCUGCUUAUCCGCCGUAUCAACUGUUUCACAACGACUUUGAGCUGAGACAUCGAACCAGUACAGCCUCAGAGCCGGCAUUGACACCGCUCAUAGGCUCGCCAAGUGAAUCUUUUGGUGAUGACGUGCUGCAAACCAAAUUAUCCGACUUAACUGUCGAGGGCGUUAUCAGUUUACUUGAACGCGUCGAUGAUCUGCGCCCAGCUUUACCGAAAUUGUCGCCAAUACUGAAGGAGAACGCCAUUAACGGACGCGUACUAAAAUAUUGCGAUAUUAACGAUCUGAAAGGGGUAUUGGGGCUCAAUUUCGGUCACUGGGAAUUAUUUAGGUUAUUAAUAAAUACACUACGUGAUUGUGAGAAAAUGCAACGUAAAUUCAAGCCAACGCCAGCAAUUGUCGAGGCGCCGCCAACGAAUAUAACAGCGCCGAAAGACAGUACAGAUUCGCAUACGCUGGCGCCCAAUCAGCCACAUUCGCGUAAAAACUCCACUUCAAGUCACAUGGAAAAACAGGUCACUCUUGAGGAGCAAAUGAUUUGCGGUGCACUGCAAACCCUCAACGAGGAGGCUUUCGAGGAUGUAGCGAGCAGCGAACGACCCAGCCCGUCGGGUUUGCCUACAGGUGAGAUGUUAGCUGCAGCUGCACAACUGCAAUUAGCGCCCAUACGCGAGUCAUCGGAAUUCGGUUCACCAUCCGAUGAUCUCAAAUUUAGUAAUCACUUCCUACAAUAUGCCAACAAUAACAACUAUGGCAAUUUUCCCACACAACAUAAUCACAGCGGCAGUACACAUUCACUGCAGAGUAUUGGUAUUGGUGGUGGUGGUGGUGGUGGUGGUGGUGUUGGUGGUGGUAAUAACGGUCUUCAUAUGGGUAAUGGCGGUAGUGGUGUACUUCAUUAUAAUACAAAUAGUUCUGGUGGCGGUGGUGGUGUGGGUGGUGUUGGUGGCGAUAUGUACAAGUUGCGGCAUAGUAUUGUUGGUGAUGCCAGCACCCAGGCUGCCGUACAAUUGCUGGCUAAUCAACAACACCAACUGACAACGGGCAGCCACCAUGGUGCACACCAUCGCAAUCAGCGCCAUCAUUCGGUCGGUGAUGAUUUGUUCUGUGAUACACUUAUACCGCAACAAUUGCGAUCGCCUGCACAGCAACAGCAGCAGCAACAACAACAACAACAGCAACAGCGUAAUACCACUGUACCAAUAGUUGUUGUAAUACCAAAUACAAAUGGUGAACAUGAUAUCAACGACACGCCGUUGUAGAUCGAUAUUCGGAAAUUCGAACAUUCGCGUUUAUCAAUGCAAUAUAUUAUAGUUUAGUUUCAGAGAAAAUGCAAUAAUCUUCAAACUACUCACAAACGUAUAUACAUACAUACAUACAUACAAAUGUAUUUGUCAUAAUGUAUCAAUUGUGAUUAUCCGUUAAAUAAUCCCAAAAACUGCACCACAAGCACAUACAUACAUACAUAUGUACAUACAAUGUUGGCACACAAAACCACAAACUAAACUAAACUAUAAGAACUACUCCUCUAAGCUCCUUCACUUUUAGUACUGUUCAGCAGUACGUUUGGUGCGUCAUCGCAUUCGAAAAUUUUAUUUAAAGAAAAUUCAAUAUUCAUCAUACAUACAUGCAUAUAAUAUGUAUAGUGUCUAUUUAGCAUUAGACAUAGUUAGCAGACGAGAAAAUGGUAAAAUUAUUUAGACUUGCACACGUAGAAUAGAAAUAUUCUUGAUAAAGUGUAAAAAGGACCCAACUAACAUGAUUUCACACUUGCGAAAAAUCCUCACGGCAGUACAAUAAAAAUUUCGAAUAUUUUUUCGAGCCGAAAAAGCUUAAAUCUACGAUAACUUAUUCGUUGAAAAAAUUCAAGAAACAUCUAUAAUCAAAUCUCAAUAUGUCGCAAAAAAAAAAAAA